UUGUGGUAUAUUCCCUCUCGUAUUACCAUAUAUAUAAGUUCUUCAAGCAUGCCAUCCAGCAUUUGAAACAGGACACAUUUCACAAUGGCAAUGCUUCUACACCUUGUGGUCACAUUUGGAUUCUUUGUAACAGUAUCUGAAUGUGUUUGCCAUAUGAAAAAGAAUGUCCUGCCUAAAGGAGUAAAACGACGAGCAGGCUGCUGGAUGGAUGGUGAGUUUCAUGAUUUGGAAUCUGAAUGGAUAUCCCCAGAGUCCUGUCAAGAGUGUCAUUGUUACAGGAAUGGAAUAAAUUGCUGUGAAAGUGAAGUUAAAAUAAAAGUCAACCCCAAGAUCUGCAAGAUCAUAUUGGUGAACUGCACCUUCAAAGCUGUAAGGAUUAGGAAUCCCAACCUUCCUUGCCCUUUCGCGUUAACGGAAAAAGCCAGUGACAGCACUGACAGCAGUGACAGCACUGAGAGCGAACACAGAAGCAAGAGUAAAGAGUUGAGUUUAAAGAGGGUUAAAAACUUUUUUCAAUUCUUGCAUUUAAAGAAGAUUCUUAAUGGUCAUUCCAAGAGUAAUUCCAAAGAAAAACCUAUUCAAAAACAGUAUGCAAAGAGUACCUCUCAAGAGAGGCAUGUUCAAGAACAAAAUGCCAAGAAUAAUUCUCAAGAGAAGCAAGUUCAAGAACAAAAUGUCAAGAAUAAUUCUCAAGAGAAGCAUGUUCAAGAACAGAAAAUCAAGAGUAACCCUCAGGAGAAGUAUGUUCAAGAACAGAAAACCUUGAGUAACCCUCAGGAGAAGCAUGUUCAAGAACAGAAAGCCUUGAGUAACCCUCAGGAGAAGCAUGUUCAAGAACAGAAUGUCAAGAGUAAUCCUCAGGAGAAGCAUGUUCAAGAACAGAAUGUCAAGAGUAACCCUCAGGAGAAGCAUGUUCAAGAACAAAAAGCCAAGAGUAACCCUCAGGAGAAGCAUGUUCAAGAACAGAAUGUCAAGAGUAACCCUCAGGAGAGGCAUGUUCAAGAACAGAAUGUCAAUAGUAACGCUCAAAAAAAGCUUGUUCAAUACUUACAUUUGAAGAAGAUUCUUAAGGGUCAUUCCAAGAGUAAUUCCAAAGAAAACCCUAUUCAAAAACAGUAUGCAAAGAGUACCUCUCAAGAGAGGCAUGUUCAAGAACAAAAUGCCAAGAAUAAUUCUCAAGAGAAGCAAGUUCAAGAACAGAAAGCCAAGAGUAACCCUCAGGAGAAGCAUGUUCAAGAACAGAAUUUCAAAGGUUACUCUCAAGAGAGGAAUGUUCAAGAACAAAAUGCAGAGAGUAACUCUCAAAAAAAGCAUGUUCAAGAACAGAAAGCCUAAAGUAACUAAAAGUGUUUAUGAAGAGAGAGUCAAAGAUAGCACUCAAAUGGAGGAAGGUAAAAAAACAAAAAAGUGAAUAGCCUCUCAAAUAUUCAGAAAAAAAUCCGGAACCAUGGUUAAUUUACACGAACAAAUAUAUAUUUUCAUGAUCUGCUUAAUUAACAAUGAUGUGAUUAUUUUUACUGUGUGGAAAUUAAAUAAAAAACAAUUAUUUCAUGGUGCAGCAUA